GCGGCCACUCCAAUCACUCGAGUCUUCUAGAGCCUAUCGCUCUCUGCAUAGACACGCAAUGCAGCCACGCAUCGUAUGCAGGUGUCACACACACGUGCUCACUGGUCACACAAAAACCUCAGUCAGCAACCAAACAUGAGCGAUAGAUGGGCAAGGGGGAGUGCUGGCUCUAGGCGCCUUCAUGCCCUUCUCCUCCAUUGGUGUCUACGUGUGAGCCGCGAGAUGAGCUGCCUCCCGCCCUCCCUCCCGCGGUCGCGCCUCGCUUCUAUCAACGCAUCUAUCAAAUCCCGCUGCCACCUGCACACACACACGAGAGUACACGACCACACGCAUAUAGACAGGAUGAUGACACACAAUCCAUCCAUCCAUGCCUCCAUCCAUCCAUCCAGGCAUUGUUGCUCACUUGCGCAGCCUGAGGAGGCCUAUUCCGCCUGUCCUGUCGCCGACGGCUUGCGACCUCGACAGGCUGUUGGAAGGAUAACACCUGAUCCACACACACACACACACACACACUAUAGUCCAUCCAACACGUGGGCGAUGACCGCCAGCCAGAGCAGUGCACUUGACGACUUGACUCACCAAUAGAAAUUGUUCUGCACGAAGAAACACAGGGCAAAAAGGAGUGAGCAAUCGCCACGCCUUAGUCAGUGUUUGGGUGUGGCUGACCGGCCCAGUGCCUGCAAAGCGAUUAUUGAGUUCCGUCACCACCAGUCCACACCUGCAGGCAUAACGGGAGCGUUGAAUGAAAUAUGGGGGACGACCAGAUGUCUGAUCUGUGAGGUCAAACCUGCGUAAGGUGGAGACGACGGCCACUUUGCCUGCAGAGUCCAGACGCACCACACAUUGCAGCUAUGUUGGUGGUGCCGAACGUCACCGGUGUGCUGCCAGCGCUUGCCUGGUGUCGGGACGGCUUUGGAAGCACCAGGAAACAGCAGCAAGAUCACCACGAGCCACACGAGAGCGGGGACUUGAUCUAGGCACUUUGAAGGCCACUGCCAGGGAUCUAGGGAUCUUGCUGACUCAUGGAUCGGGUCCCAGAAUUUACCCGUUCGGGGGCGUGGGGGGCCUGGAGUCUCGCCGAGUUUCAU